AUGGGCCUGUUCGUCCACAUGCGCAUCCACGAGAGCGGAAUUGACCGCAGUACCGACACAUCCACAACAUCCAACACCCCCACAACGCACAGCCCCACCCCCAUUCCGUCGCCUUGUGCGCCCAAAGCCACCACCACCUCCAUAACCGACCCGACACCACCGACCUUUCAUGCCCACAUUGUCGCCGCACAUUCACCUCACGCAUCGGCCUGGUCGGUCACUUGCGAAUCCAUCGCAAAGAGACUGCGGAACCAGUGCCUGGAGUCCCAACCUACACCCAACGCACCUACCUCCACUGUCCACACUGCCCUCGCACUUCCACGCAUCGCAUGGAUCUAUUCGGCCACAUGCGCGUCUACGAAAUCCUGCGAUAGCCAACCGCCGGCUGCACCACACUAUCACCCCUCCCUCCCUCCCUCACCACCAUCUCAUCACACAUCGACAUCACCCAGCGUAAGCACCCUACUGCCCCCUCCCACGCCAGUGGGAAUUGUGCAUCUCGAGUUGGUCUCUGUGCGGCUCCUGUUGAAUGGGUGA